UUCUCUCUUCCUCUUCUCCUCCUCCUCUCUCUCUUUCUCUCUCUCGUUUUUUUUGGAGGGAAAUGAUUUCUUGGGGGAGUGGGUAUAAAGGGGCCUACAGGACCUCAGACCUCAGUGCAGUAGUAGUUCCAGGACUUGUCCCACACAGACCAGGAGACUCAGGGCAAAAAAGGUGCAAUGUACAGAGUCCUAGUGACGUGCCUGUGCCUUUGGGCAGCUGUCACACUGACAGAGGCCAAGCCACCCAGGAGAAAAGGAGGACAGCAGCCAAAGCAUGGCAAAGAUGCUCGGGACGAGCCUGAGUACAAUGACACACCGUUCCUACCUGAGAGGACCGGCCAGUGCCUGGUGAAUGGGAUCUCUCUGUUUGAGGGCGCCGUGUGGUCUCCAGAGCCGUGUAACGUGUGCCAGUGCCGCGCUGGAGCAGUGAGCUGCCGGGCCGUGCCCUGCCCCAGAGCCGCAGUUCAGAACGAUCACCAGUCUGGGGGCCAGAGAGCCAAGAAGCUCCCUCCGCACUCAGAGAACACUGUGGAGGCCCCACCAAAGAAGAAGGAGAAAGAGAAGUCUCGGCCGGCUGGGAAGAGCAAGAAGCCCAACGGCAAGGCAGCGACGGACUCUCUACCACAAAGAGAGGAGACUGCAGUGACUCCUGUCAGAGUUGUAGAGAAACCAGUGGCACCACCGAAGAGGAAGCCCGAGGCAUCCCUGAGGACGGCCGUGGCUGGAGGCAGUCUGCCCAUGGCGUGGGCACUAGAGGGUAACACAGAUGCAAAGCUUGACCAGAGUCCGCCUGCCAAACAAAAUACGCAGCAUGCGCAUGCUCAGCGACAGCCAUUUGAUGAUGAUGAUGACGAUGAUGAUUACUACGACUAUCUAGAUGAUGGCGACGAUGACGAUGAUGACAGCUCAAUGAUGAGACCUGCCGGGCGACUGGCGGACCUGCCAACAGGGAGGCCCGUCCCGAUACCCACUGGCCGGCCUGUGGUGCCACUGACCCGGAGGCCGGGGGCACUGCCCUCCAGACGGCCGGUGGCACUGCCCACGGGCAGGCCGGUGGUGAGGUUUAACGGCAGGUCCACUGUCCCCCACGCGCAGAGGAACAGCUACAUGGAGUCGCUGCCGGCGGGGUGCCUGCUGUCUGACUCACUCAUCGCCUGCGGGAGCACAGGAAUGGGUCAUCUGCCCAUCAUCAAGGACACAGGGGUCAGGACCCUGUACCUAGCAGAUAACAAAAUUAGCAAGAUUCCAGCACGGGCUCUGGCUGGACUGCCUAACCUGGAGUGGCUGGAUCUGAGUAAGAACAAGCUGGACGACUUCUCCUUCAGUCCUGGCCUUUUCCAGAAUCUGACCAGGCUGAGGAGGCUGAACUUGGACGGGAACAACCUGACCAAAGUGCCAGCGCUGCCCUCAUCGCUGAUGGAGCUGAAGAUUAAUGAUAACAAGCUGAUGGGGCUCACUCCAAAUACUUUCAAGGGGCUGUUUAAACUGCUGACCUUGGAGCUGGAGGACAAUCACUUCCAUGACGGGAACGUGUCCCCGUUGACCUUCCGACCCCUGAGGAAGCUCAUCUACCUGAGGCUGGACGACAACAAGUUCAGAGCCGUCCCCUCUGGACUGCCCACGUCUCUGCAGGAGCUGCACUUGUCAGAUAACCGUAUAGAGGUGGUCCAGGCUGGAGUUCUCAACAAGACCAUCAAUCUCAGAGUGCUGAACCUCAGCCACAACAAACUGAGAGAAGAUCGCAUUGCUCCAAGAGCAUGGAUACACCUGUCGAAAUUGGACACUCUGGACCUAUCCCAUAAUAAGCUGGUGCACGUGCCGUCCUUCCUGCCGGUGGCCCUCCGCCAGCUCACGCUGCACCACAACCACAUCGAGCGCAUCCCUGGCUACGUCUUCGCUCACAUGCGUCCCGGCCUGGACUCGCUGCACCUGUCCUACAACCGGCUGCGGGAGGACGGCGUGGGCGAGGUGUCCUUCCUGGGGCUGUACAACUCCCUGACGGAGCUGCUGCUCGACCACAAUCGCCUGGGCUCUGUGCCAAGGGGAAUACUGCAGCUCAAAGCCCUGCAGCAGCUCAGGCUCAACAACAACUUCAUCAGUUACGUGCCCCUGAAUGCCAUCUGUGACACGCGAGUGACUGAGGACUCCCCGCUGAUGUCUGUCCAUCUGGAGAACAACCUGAUUGACCGGCGCCUCAUCCCCCCCACCGCCUUUUCCUGCAUCAAGAGCUACCACAGCGUUGUGCUCAGGCCUCAGAACUACGAGGAUAUCUAUGAGUAGGGCUCACACACACACACACACACACACACACACACACACAGGCAGUGUUGUUCUCAGGCCUUUGGGCUACAAGCACAUUAGUGGGUAAUGUUAACUGACGAUCAACACACCCCACACCCACUUUUUCACACACUCUUGCCUUGUGUCCUUUGUUUUCUAUUGUUAUGACUAUUUUCAUAUUUAGUCAUUUAGGAUUUGAUCCCACCUUUGGUUUUAUCUUGCUUGAUCAAGUGGAUAGGAUGUUUUUGAGUGUUGUUUUCAUUGUGUUUUUGAGUGUUUGAUUGCCGCUGUUAUCGUGUUUAAACUCCUUUUUUUAUUUUCUUACUGCUGUAUUCCAUCUCUCUGUCAGUCAUUGAUAGUUCUUGAUUAAGACUAACUAUUAAUAUAUUCAGAUGAUGUCACUAGGGGUUUCUAAGAAAUGCUCUUUAUGUUUUGCUUUUUGUGUCUCAACUAGAAUGAUAGGGAAUGGUUGGAAUCAGGUUAUUUUGUAGCAUAAAUUAAUAUAAGUCUUGAUUUACAGAUCAGGUGUGUUGACACAGUGUUAAGUAAUUAUUGUGCCUCUGUUACCGAUAUUGCUGUGUAAUCAAUAUCGUAAAGAAUACUAAAGUUCUUAUUUUAGUGUUUAUCUAUUUUGGGAACAGGAUAUAAUGGUAAUUACUGUUCAAAUCACAAAUCAAAGAUACUAAAACCAAAACCAAAAAACUACAAUAAAAAGUUACAUUUC